AUUCGUCCUCACUAAAGAGAGACACACAGACUGAAAACCAGACGAUCAGAUUCAUCUUCAGAACAAACUAACAACUUCAUCUGAGUGAGUUCAGCUACAGGAGAGAAAAGAGGAAAACUACAACACUGCUGCUUCAACCUGCUGACACUCCACACACUGAACCUUCACUCAGAGACAAAAUGGCUUCCAGAUUAGAGGAGGAUCUCUGCUGUCCGGUCUGUCAUGAAGUCUUUAGAGAUCCUGUUGUUCUGUCAUGUAGCCACAGCUUCUGUAAAGACUGUCUGAAGAGCUGGUGGAGAGAGAAACCAACACAGGAGUGUCCAGUUUGUAAGAGAAGAUCUUCAAAGUAUAAACCACCUCGUAACCUGGCGUUAAAGAACCUGUGUGAGAGUUUCUUACAGGAGAGAGAUCAGAGAGCUUCAGAGGCUCUCUGCAGUCUGCACUCUGAGAAACUCAAACUCUUCUGUCUGGACCAUCAGCAGCCAGUGUGUGUCGUCUACAGAGAUUCAGAGAAACACACCAACCACAGAUUCAGACCCAUCGAUGAAGCUGCUCAACAACACAAGAAGAAACUUCAGGAAACUCUGGAGCCCUUAAAGGAGAAGUUAAAGGUUUGUGAACAAGUUAAAGUGAAGUUUGAUCAAACAGCAGAACACAUGAAGGUCCAGGCCCGACGCACAGAGAGGCAGAUUCAGGAUCAGUUUAAGAAGCUCCACCAGUUUCUAGAGGAGGAAGAGGAGGCCAGGAUGGCUGCACUGAGGGAGGAAGAGGAGCAGAAGAGUCAGAUGAUGAAGGAGAAGAUGGAGGCUCUGAGCAGAGAGAUAGCAGCUCUUUCAGACACAGUCAGAGCCACAGAGGACGAGCUGAGAGCUGAAGACGUCUCAUUCCUCAACAACUACAAGGCUGCAGUGGAAAGAGUCCAGCAGCGCCCCCUGCUGGAGGAUCCACAGCUGCUCUCAGGAGCUCUGAUAGACGAGGCCAAACACCUGGGCAACCUGACCUUCAACAUCUGGAACAAGAUGAAGGACAUGGUCUCCUACACUCCUCUGGUUCUGGACCCAAACACUGCUGGUCCAAGACUCAUCCUGUCUGAAGAUCUGACCAGUGUGAGACUAGGAGAGAGACAGCAGCUUCCUGAUAAUCCAGAGAGGAUUGAUUAUUACUGGUCUGUUCUGGGCUCUGAGGGCUUUAACUCAGGGACUCACAGCUGGGAUGUCGAUGUAGGAGACAGUUCAUUGUGGUCACUGGGUGUGUUAGCAGAGUCUGUCCAGAGGAAGGGAGACAUACUGUCUGGAUUAUGGAGAAUACGGUUCUUAAAAGGUAAAUACUUAGCACGGUCACAAUCAGGUCCACUCACUGAUCUCAAAGUGCAGAAGAAGCUCCAGAGGAUCAGAGUGAAUCUGGACUGGAACAGAGGAAAGCUGUCGUUCUCUGAUCUUGAUACUAACACACACAUACACACCUUCACACACACUUUCACUGAGAGGAUGUUUCCAUUCAUUGACACUGUUGAUGAACUGAAGAUAUUACCGAUGAAGAUCAGUGUGACAGUGGAACAGAGCAGUUAGAGAUAAAGAGGAUGAUUAUUAUCUUCAUGUUUAUGUUUUAAAGCCUUAAAGCUUCAUCUGUCCUUUUCAUGACUCAUGAAUCCAAAUAUAU